AUGCAUUUCAUCAAGGCCAUCGUUUGGGGUAUAUCCCUUGCUGCUGUCAACGCGGCUGCUUUGCCUGCCGAUGGAUCUGGUGUCACUACCUGCGAGUACUCCGGCGGCGACCGAGCCUGCGAAGCUCAUUGCAUCGAGAAGGGUAAAACCUUUGUGUCAUGUGCACCUGAGUGCACAUGCUCCGGCCGCUUGGGCAAUCCUCUGAGACGCCUUGUCAAGAGGAAGACUACAUCUUCUGCCAAGCCUACCACUGUCAAGGUCCAGGCCACUACAUCCAAGAAGCCUACCACUACAUCCAAGCCUGCUACAACCUCUAAGAAGCCUACUACGACCUCCAAGCCCGUUACUACCUCCAAGCCCGUUACUACCUCCAAGCCGGUUACGACUUCCAAGAAGCCUACUACUACCUCGAAGCCAGCCACUACCUCCAAGCCGGUUACGACUUCUAAGAAGCCAACGACCACUAGCAAGCCUGCUACUACCUCCAAGCCCGUCACCACUUCCAAGAAGCCAACGACCACUAGCAAGCCUGCUACUACCUCCAAGCCCGUCACCACUUCCAAGAAGCCAACGACCACCAGCAAGCCUGCUACUACUUCCAAGCCUGCUACCACUAGCAAGCCUGCUACUACCUCUAAGCCUGCUACCACUUCUAAGCCUGCUACUACCUCCAAGCCUGCUACUACUUCCAAGCCUGCUACUACUUCCAAGCCUGCUACCACUUCCAAGCCUGCUACCACCUCCAAGCCCGCUACCACCUCCAAGCCUGCUACUACCUCCAAGCCCGCUACCACUUCUAAGCCCGCUACCACUUCUAAGCCCGCUACCACUAGCAAGCCCGCUACCACCUCCAAGCCUGCUACUACCUCAAAGCCUGCCACCACAACCUCAAAGCCUCCCACCACAACCUCCAAGCCUACUACAACUUCCAAGGCUGCGACAACAACCUCUAAGGCUACGACAACAACCUCCAAGGCUUCAUCUAGCUCAUCUUCCUCCAGCACCAGCUCCAAGGCCUCUACGUCUAGUGCCCCUGCUUCCUCUAGCAAGGCUUCAACCUCCACCAGUGCUCCCGCUUCUACAAGCAAAGCUUCAACCAGCACAAGCUCAGCUGCACCUUCCACCAGCUCUUCUGCUGCUGUCUCAUCCUCCGUUGGUGUCUCGUCUUCUUCCGCUAUUGUCUCAUCUUCUGCUGCUGUCUCAUCCUCCGUUGGUGUCUCGUCUUCUUCCGCUAUUGUCUCAUCUUCUGCUGCUGCCUCAUCCAGUGGUGCAUCCAGCCAGGCCACUGGCGGUGUCACAACCUCCACUUCCGAUGAUGAUGAGUCCACCACCAGCACUCCUGCCAGUCAGUCUUCCAGCGUUGCCGCUUCUUCAAGCACUGCUGUGACUUCAGAUGAGUCUGACGACGAGACUACCACUGCCGUCUCCUCUACUUCUGCUGGUCAGUCUUCUUCCGCUGCCGCUGCUGGCACCACUACUACCGGGGCCGACGAGGUGACCACCUCAACAUCUGCUGCUGCUGGAGCUACUACCUCCUCUGCCGCUGCCGGUACUACCUCCGAGGCUGACGACGAGACCACCACCUCAGCUGCUGCUUCCACUACCGAUGUCGAUGAGGAGACUACCACUUCCGCUGCCGGUGCUUCUACCUCUGCUGCCGAUGACGAGUCCACCAGCCAGGCUGCUUCCAGCACUUCUGUCGCUGCUGCCUCUACCACUUCCGUCGCUGAAGAGACCACUAGCCAGGCCGCUAGUAGCACAUUUGCUGAUGAGGAGUCUUCUACUCAGGUUGCCUCCACCAGCUCUGCUGUCGAGAGCACUAGCCAAGCUGCUUCCUCCACAUCUAUCGCUGAUGAUGAGACUAGCUCUGCUGCCGCUUCCACCUUGUCUUCUACUGUCGAUGAGUCUACCAGCCAGGCUGCCUCUAGCACAUCUGUUGCUGAGUCCACUACCUCAUCAGCUGCCGAUGAGACAUCUAGCCAAGCCGCUUCUUCCACUUCUGAGCAAUUGACUGGCAACCCUGCUGGAAUUUCCACCUCUUCAUCUGCUGAGGAGUCCAGCUCUGCUGCUGCCACCAGCUCUGAAGUCGAGUCUAGUUCCGCUGCUGUCACUACCUCAUCCUCUAUCGGCCAGUCUUCCAGCCAGGUCGCCAGCACCAGCUCUGCUGCUGAUGAGACGACUAGCUCUGCUGCCGCCUCUACCUCAUCCGAUGCCGAGACAUCUUCCUCCGCUGCUGGAGUUUCAUCCACUUCAGCCGCUGAGACAUCUUCUUCCGUUGUCGAGUCUAGCAGCUCUGCUGCCGCCUCCACUUCGGCUGAUCUGACCUCUUCUUCCGCCGCCGCCGAGACCUCGUCUUCUGCUGCUGAGACUUCUUCAUCUGCUGCUGAGUCUACUUCCGCUGCUGCUUCAACUUCCGCUGCUGAGACAUCCUCCUCUGCUGCCGCCUCUUCCUCAUCUGCUGAUGAGACCUCUUCUUCAGCUACUGAGACUUCUUCCUCCGCUGCUGCAACCUCUAGCUCUGCAGCCGCUUCAUCCUCAUCAGCGGCUGAGACUUCCUCUUCUGCAGCUGUCUCCAGCACCUCUGAUGCUGUCUCUUCUUCGUCAGAUGCUGAGACCUCCAGCUCUGCUGCUGAGACUUCAUCAUCCUCUGCUGCUGUCUCUUCUUCGUCAGCUGCUGAGACCUCCAGCUCUGCUGCUGAGACCUCCUCUUCUGCUGCUGCCUCCAGCACCUCUACAGCUGAAGCUACAUCUACUUCAGCUUCUGAGACCUCCAGCUCCGCUACUGAUACCUCUUCUUCCUCUGCCGCCGCCUCUUCAUCAUCAGCAGCUGAGACCUCCUCUUCUACUGCUGCCUCCAGCACCUCUACAGCUGAAGCUACAUCUACUUCAGCUUCUGAGACAUCCUCCUCAGCUUCUGAGACCUCUAGCUCUGCAGCUGAUACCUCUUCUUCCUCAUCAGCUUCUGAGACCUCCAGCUCCGCUACUGAUACCUCUUCUUCCUCAUCAGCUUCUGAGACCUCCAGCUCCGCUACUGAUACCUCUUCUUCCUCAUCAGCUUCUGAGACCUCCAGCUCCGCUACUGAUACCUCUUCUACUUCCGAGACUUCCAGCCAGCCCACGACCUUUACCACGAGCACACGCACUGAGUCGGAGUCCUCUACAUCUGAUGCUUCUACCACCACAACUGCCUAG